AGCCGCCGGCUCGACCCCCCGUCUGGCUGGGCGCCCCAGCGCACCCCGCGCCCGCCCUGCGGCGCAACCGCCGCGGCUGGGGGUCAUGCUGGGCAUCGCCCCGAACAACAAAUCCUCCGCCGCCGCCGCGGCCUCCGCCGCCCCGCCGUCCGCGGCCGCGCCCGCCGCGGCUGAGCGGCACCAGCCGGGCCCGCCGCCGGAAGGCGGAGGUGGCUGGACGCGCGCGGCCUGUAGGGUUUGGACAGCAUGAAGUUCAACGCUUACCCAGAGAAAGGCGCCUACAGGUGGCACCGGAAAUGGCUGACCAUCACCUUGAUUGUUUGCGUCUCCGUCCUGUUCAUGUACGCGAGCACAACAAGCAGGCCGAUGAGCUCCAAGGAGCUCGAGAGCAUCGACUACAUCCAGCCAGUCCUGACGUCCUCGGGCUUCGAGAUGGGCAUCUGGACGGGCCACCCGGGGCACGUCGGCAAGGCCCAGGCGCCGGCGCGGCAGGCCGAGCGCUCCGAGGCGGAGGCGGUCCGCCAGCUGGCGAAGGAGCUGCAGGACGAGCGCGACAGGGCGAGGGAGCAGCAGCUGGAGAUCGAGCGCCUGCGCAGCAGCCUGCUGCGGCAGGCCCGGGAGGUGCCCCAGCAGCACCCCUCCGAGGGCCUGGACGCGCCCGAGCACCAGGAGGAGCCCCUCGGCGAGGAGCCCGAGCCCUCCGUGCCGGACGGGGAGCCCUCCGCCCCCGAGCGGGGCGACGGCAGCGGCCUCCCCGAAGACGCGCCGGCCGCGGAGGCCUCGAGGCCUCCGCGGCGGCCCGGCGGCGGCCUCCCCGCGGCGGAGGCCGAGCGGGCGGCGGCCGCGGCGCCGGGCGGAGGGAGCUGGGGCCCUCCCUCGGCGUCUUUAUGA